CGCGCGUGUUGUUUUGUGUUCAUUCGUCAGCUGUUCGCCGCACUAGACGAGCGCACUUCGCUGCGGUCCGCUUUGUUGUCCACACGCACGUAUCUGUGCCGAGCGUUUUUCCGUUUCCUGUCACGUCGUCAUCGUCGUUUCCCCGUCGAGUCUCCGACACCGACAGCGAGUCGACUACGUCGUGGUCAUAGCUACCUCCGACAACGCCGUUACACUGUCCGCCGCCGACGCCGUUGUCGCAGCGAUUUGCCGACAGACGACACAGCAGCCGCCGUCGUCGUCCGCGCAGUUACACUGGAUGCAUUUGAACUUCAUGUUUCAACCCGUAACCGAGUACCGCUGACUAGAGCAUCAUCAUGGUCAAGACGUUUCAGGCGUAUCUGCCGGACUGCCACAGGACAUACUCUUGCAUUCACUGCAGAGCACACCUGGCAAAUCACGACGAACUUAUAUCCAAGUCUUUUCAAGGCAGUCAAGGAAGAGCAUACCUUUUCAAUUCUGUUGUAAACGUUGGAUGCGGCCCGGCAGAAGAAAGGAUUUUGUUGACCGGACUGCAUGCGGUCGCCGAUAUAUAUUGUGAAUGCUGUAAGACCACCCUGGGUUGGAAAUACGAACACGCGUUCGAAUCCAGCCAGAAGUACAAGGAGGGCAAGUACAUAAUCGAAAUGGCACACAUGAUCAAAGAAAACGGCUGGGAGAGCCCGCCGAAGAAAUGAACUCCUAUCGUCUUUCUAUCUAUCUCUCUAUCUCUCUGUCUUUCCCGCCAUGCGUUUUUCUCUCGUCAAAUAUCUCUUUGUUUUUCCCUAUCCGCCCCCUUCACCCAAACGUCCAACCUCUCCGAAAAGUUCACUGUCUCACUCUCUCCCUCCCCUCCCCCUUUUUUCGUUCAUCCGACCUCGAAAAGUUUGACGUUUUUCCGGACAAUCCGCAGCGGUUGGUAUUGCCGACCGUUGCUGUUUACCGUGACCGCGAUAACCGUUAUCGCAGAGUUAUGGCCACAACGAAGGCGAAUACAAUAAUAUUCACGGCUGUCAUAAUAUUUUCGCCAUCGUCCUAGCUCCGCUCGAUAUGCAAAUGCGCAAACGAUCACCGGUAAAUGACGGAGGGAAAUCUCAAUUAAUACGCCGGAGUUAACGUUAGACGGUUAGCUUACGGUCUUAUUAUAAUUAUUAAUGUAGCAGUAAUUAACUAAUGGUGUACCUAUUUAUAAUAUUAAGUAUUUAUGUGAUAACGUGAUCGUAUAUAAGAGUAUAUAAGUAAUGUCGGCACUGUAAUUCGGUUUCAAAAGAAAUACACAAAAUUAGAGAUGUAUACACAAUACACACCUCCCAAAGCUUUUUCGAUACAUAUAUAUUAUAUAUUUAUCAUUAUGGCCAUAAAAACAGAUUUAUCGGUUUAUUGAUAUUUUGAAAUAGUGAAAAAAAUAAUUAUAAGUAUAAUAAUAUAUUUCUUGAGUUGUACAAAUAACAUUGAUAAAAUAAUAUUUAUUUAUUUAUUUUAUCUCGAUCUGUUCAUUAUAAUAAUGAGCUAUAUUUGUAUUAUUAUACAACGAAAAUCGAUAAUUAUUACUAUAUAUUAUAUAAUAUAAAUUAUAAAUUCGAAAAAUUAACGCAGGGUUUCGUUUUAAAACAUUGUUUUCGUAAAACUAAUUUCAAUUUUAUUUUUGUUUAAAUAUUUGUUCUUUAACAAAUAGAUCCGGUCAACGGCGUAUUGCUUGGUAAGAAUUUUGAGAAAAUAAUAUUUUUAUUUUGUAUUUUUGUGUUAUUUAAAUUCGUUUAAGAUAAUAUACUAAGACUAACCAUAAAACUACUAACCCUUUAAAAAAUUUUAAAAAAAAACUAAAUUCUUGAUAAAAAAAAUUUAAAUUAAAUCGUGCUGCUUACAAUAAUCUACCGGUUCUUAUAAUAUACAUAAUAUAGCAUAUAAUAAUAUCACUAUGUUGCAUAGAUAAAUUAAAUAAACAUGAUAUAUAAUAUUACAUACAAUUAACACAUUUUUUAUCCGUCGACUUUAUCUCGUAAUAAAUUGUAUUAACAACAUCGUAUCGGUUGGUAGGUACAGUAUUUUCAUAUAGUUUAGCUUAAUACAAUUAUCGGUAUAAAUGUUAUUUUCACAUACAGAUUACUGAGUGUCCUUAUUAGUAUAAUAUGCGGUUAGGUUUUAUUUUCACGAACGGAGUAAUUGUGUGACACGACGUUUUUUUUUUUAUCACGGAAGCACCGUUACUAAAAUUCAUCUAUACCAUAAUAUACUAAUGGACUAAUGGACACCAUGUAAUAGUGCGCGUGUGUACGUCGUCUUGGUAAUGAUUAUAUGUAGGUAGAUAAUUGUACUUUAGCAUUAAAGCGUAUAUAAGUAGUAUUGUAUUUAAAGCCAAAAUAAUUUUAAAAUAUAAUAAUAAUAAGUACUGUAUCCAAUAUUAUAUGAUAUUAAUGGUAGUAUUUAUAAUAAUAAGAUAUUAUUUUUUAUAUUUACAAUGUAGUGCUACUUCAAAUCAUUGUACUUAAAACUAAAACUGGUCUCAAAAAUAAAAAAAACAAAAAAAAAUUCAAAAAAAAAACAUUGAAAGAGUUAGUCACUCUAAAUCCAUCGCUAUGUUAGCAAUUUAAAAAAGAAAACUUCCAUUUUAUUUUUGUCAUCGACUCGAUUUUUUUUUCAACUAUAUUAUUUUGUAUUUUUUUUUUUUUAUUAUUAUUAAAGUUCCUGUGAAAACAACAAACUUUUCCGCUUGUCCUUGACAAAACUGAUCUCAAAAUAUAAUAACAUAUGUUUUAUUAUGUUUUUAUUAACUAACAGAAUGGGCGAGUUAUAUGAAUAUUUUACUGGAAACGUAAAAUCCUGUAUACUGGACCAAUGGAGAUGCAACUAGCACAACUCUGUUAUUUAUAUAAUAUAUGAUCAUCUGGGGAAUCGUUUGUUAUAAUAUGCGUUCUCGUCCUAAUAAAUAUAUUUCCGAGCCACAUCUUGUGAGAUUUGCCUAUGACUUUGUGCGUAUUCACUGAGAAUCAUUACAAACUGAUCAAGUGCCUAACACAUAAUUUUUAAAUAUUAUCCAACUAUAUCGAUAUUAUCGAUCGAUAAAUAUUGAUUCAUCGCGGACGAGUAGAAAUAUUUAUAAUGUAUAAUUAUAUAUAUUUAUCAUAUUGUCAGGUUCAUAUUUUCAAAUAGAAAUUUGUUUUCUCUCUUUUUUUUAGUUAGUUCACUUUCUUUUUUUUUGACUAGUAGGUACUCAUGUCCAUUCACGUAAUCGAUGACCAACCCUGAUCCCUUUGUUUUCCAUGAUCAGUAGACAUAAUGUAUUUUAUACAAUAUAUCUAUCUCUUCACUUUUACUAUUAUUAUUUUAUAACUUUUUAAAAUAUCUAGUCUAGUACCUAUUAUAAUAUAUUUCAAUAGCAUAAUUAUUAUUCGUGUUUCAGUAGGUUUUCACUUGGAAAUUAAUAAGAACUAUUUUAUUAUUAUCGUUAGUCUAAUCAAUAAUAGUGAGAUGUAAUGUGUUAGGGAUCAAAUUACGUAUUAUAUGUAUUAUAAGUUAUUAUGUAAUAAAAGUAUUUGAAUGUAUAAGAUAGAGUUCUGUGUGCUUUUAUUACUAUAAUUGUAAGCACAUAAAAAACCCCCCAUUAAAACUUACUUAUAGUGUUGCUAUAUUUCCAAAAACUAAUAAUUUAAUAUUAGCUGUAUUUUUGUGUAAUACACGUCAAAAGUAUUCAGAUUAUUUUAAAUAUUUGACAAGAAAAUCAUUUCUGUUUAAAAAUAAAUUAAAAAUACAUCAAUACCUACCUAUGCUAUAACUAUAAUAUAUACAUACGUAUUAAAAAAUAUGUCUACAUCUGUUUUUCCGAUGUUGGAAAUAUAGGAAGUAUUGAUGCUAUCUAAAAAAAAAUUUUUUGUUGUUUAAGUUUUAUAAAUAAUAUUAUUAUUAAGUUAUUUUAACGUAUUGUUUUUUAAAAAUUUUAUACUUAACAUCUAUAUGUUUAAUGUUUAUAUAUUAAGUUUCGAUUUAGGAACGUUAACCUAUUAUUUUGAGUUGUGAUUUUUUUUUCAAAAUGUGUAUGAUAAUUAAAUAAAAAACAUUAUUUGUGAGUAAUGCAUUU